AACUACUCACGCAUUUACCAGUAGACAAACAUUGUUUACAACAAUUGUUUGGACAAUCUCAAACUCAGUGGUCAUUUGAGGCUAUUCAUCUUUGAUUGGAUGGUCACCAGCCUAAGAUGAACAGCUCCAACAUAAUCAUCCCGAUAAGGACACUAAAAGUCUGACACCAAUUCUGCUCCCCUACAAAGUCAACUGUCUCAAAUUGCUAUGCUGGCUAAUAGAAAUGUAAAGGUGACUAUAUGACUUUGUUCUAUGUCUAGAUGGCUCUAAUAGUGAUUUAGAAGAUAGUGUUGGCAGCUUUUCCGUGACAUAACGAUGAAAAUAUGCCAUUUAUUAAUUAGGAAUCCUACUUCACGGAUGAACCGCGACAGGCAGGGGCCUACUGUAGUGAACUCACCACAGCUAGACGUCUCUCAAUGUACAAGGCUGCUAAUAUGAACACAUUGGACACUGGAAAACAAGAACAAAGAGGCAACAACAGAUGUGAACUUUGACAGGAAUAGCAGAGUUUAUGACUACUUGGACUUGAACCAGCUCUAUUCUUGGCUUUCACAUAAGUGGGUUUAUGCCAUACAAGGCCACAUUCAGGCACCGUAUAAAACCAUAAUAUGUCGUACCGAUGAUGAGGCAGGCGGCGGGCCAGCUAUAAGGGUCCUUCAGGAAAAGAGACACCACCUGGAUGGGGUCUACCAGGAUGCCAUACCUGCCCAAGAGACAUUACAUGUCAGCUAUUUCAAUGCAGGUAUACGCUACAUUGAAAAAAAAAAUGUAAAAAAAAGAUGCUCACUCACUUUAUAAUGUUCUCCAGGAACAGCCGUGCAUUACUCAGCACCUGACAGAGGAGGCGCUAUUUUCAUCACUCAUACCAAAAAAAUGUAGGUUAAUUGUUUAUUGCUCAAUAACAAGGCCAAGGUGGGGCUGAUCUUUUAGAUAAACCUUUAUGGUUUCCGAUGAAUUAGGUCUGACUUAAGAUAAGGAGGCGUGCGUGCGAUGAUUUUUCAGGCUUGUCCAGUACUGAGCUGUGAAGCAACUCCUUUGCAAACAAGCCACCUAUGCUUUAGUGACCUUUAGUGACCAAGCGGGCAACAACAACAUAAAUGCAACACAUUAGCAAAAACAUCCAGAAGAGUAUCUGUACCCAGUAUGUGCCCACUAGGUGGGUCUACGGCUGUCAUGAGGCCAAUGACGUCUUUUGUGUCUGGUCCCUGGUGGCCACAUACUACUACCACUACCAUGAAAAACUCCUUGCGUGAAAAGUGUGUAUGCCAUUAGCUACUUUAUGCACCCUUCAUUCUAUUCAUGGGCUGAGGGUGUUUUAUUUUGGGAUCAAGGUUGACUGGUAUGCACGCCUAUCAAAACAGCACAAUUGUCACAUCCGUGCACUGAGUGCACGGCGCUGUCAGAUUUUUAGUACCUAAAAUAAAUCCUGAAGAACAAUACUACCGUACGACAGGCCCCGGAGGACCUCACAUUUGGGGUUGCACUCACCAGCAUGACAACACACCAGUUGAGGAUUCCUCUGUAGUUGCUGUAGCCGCUGGCUGAGCUCAGAAGAGACUCCUGCAGGACAUGGCAGCUACGAGAAAACCAAACAUGUGCCGUUUAGUGCAUGGGUCACGGGCAUGGCAAAACGUUGGGGUCAAACAUGUAAAAACAACAAAGUAUGCAUGGUUGUAACAACAGCAAAGUGAUUUACACAAACAAAUCUAUAUCAUCUGCGGUGGAGUGUAUCAUGUGAAAGUGGAUGUAGCAAUGUACGAUCGUGACGGGUGUCCUCAGAGGUUACCUGAGUCCCUCACUGAUUUCGUCCAAUGGACUACUCGACUUUCUCCGGUUGCCAAUGGGCUGCCGCCCUUUCUCCCCGUCCGCCUUCCCGCUGUUAUUGACAUGCCUCGGUGCCUCCUCCGGCUUCUUUUUAGCGGGACACGGAGGUGGUUUCUCCACGCCACCAUUGUGCCACUUGCCCCCGUUGGCUUGCUGCUUCACACCGCCGCCACCACCACCCCCAGAAAUAGUCGUCCGUCUUUGGCGGGCUGUGGGCCCUCUCAUCUCGGCCCUGUCGCUCAUUCAAGCGGCUGCGAUCAGAGGGUGUUCACGGACUGGACAUGUCCUUUGCUUGCUGGCGUCCCCGGAGCGGAGGGCGUGCGGGACGCGGUUACAAGCGUCGUGUCCCUGCCGGAACUUGUAGGAGGCGUUUCAUCGCCGCUGCUAAGCUCAAGGUGCAAUUAUCAUCUGACGGGUUGCCAGAUGUCAUUGAUAUCCCCCCCAUAAAGCGUGAUAUCUUCCGGGUGGCGUUCCAGUCCUCGACUAACAGGGUCACUAAACGCAAGAUUUGAUCGAUUUGUUUGUUACAAAAAUGAAUUAUUUCGUAUUUCGUAACUACAUUUAAACCCUUUUUAUGAAUAUCGCUGAUCCCCCGUUGUCCAAACGUAUGAUGCUGAAUUAAAUCGGAAUAAAACAAUUUUAAGUAUAUGUAUUUGUAUAUAUACUUAGAGGAGCACAUUAUUUUCAAAUGUGCUAAAAUUGACGUGAUUUUUAUAUUCUUGCAUUUUAAAUGGUUGUAAGUUUCAUUUUCACCACAAGAUGUCAGUAGAGAAUUGAUUUACAGUGGGUGAUUAGUUCACUAUAUGAAGCGUCUAUGGAAGUAACUUUUUUUUUUUUUAAUCAAGUGUAGGAUUUCUGUCUGGGAUUGAAGAUUAAAACAAAAAUCAAGUGUAGGUUUUGUGUCGAUCAGCACUAUAAUGACUUUGAUCUCGUAUGGCCGUGGUAGGACACUUAAAGGUAACUGCCAAGUUUGCUUGAGACCUGUGCUAUCCAUCGGCCAAUCACCUUCGACGUUUUAGUCAUGCUCACUUUUUGACCAAUCGUAGCGUAGGAUCGUAGUUUGGUUUAAGUUAGGUUGGCCCAUGUUCCGUCUCAGCUGUCUUGUAAAGACUAAUCAGAAGUUUCGGACAAUGGCAUGAAAUAUUUAGCAAAUUGAAUUCGCUUUUAUUGUACAUGAAACAACCUUUUCGCGUGGUAGAGAUAUCUUAAUAGGGAAUGAAAAAGCCCAAGCGGAAGAAACACACUAUCGUAGGAGUUGAGGUAAAUGGACCUGCCGAGACGGGAAAGUCAACCAACUGUUUAGCUAGCAAGCAAGAUGUCCACUGUGGGAGGAAACAGAAGUUGGCUGAGAUCCACCAGGCUUUGAGCAGCGAUCCGGUGGACGUCGAGACCCUUAGGAGGGCCGCUGUCAGCCAGGGAGGACUGCUCACGGGUGAACUGCGAAGAAAAGUGUGGCCCAAAUUACUUAACAUCAAUGUAUAUAAACUACCACAUAAGCCUGGCAAAGAUGGACGGGAGAACCACAAGGACUAUAACCAGAUUGUUAUGGAUGUCAGGAGAUCCAUGAAACGCUUUCCCAAAGGUAUGUUGUCUUCUGAAAGAGCCGUCCUGCAGGAACAGCUCAUUGGCGUCAUACUGGAGGUUUUAAGAUGCAACCCGCAGCUCAACUACUACCAGGGCUACCACGAUGUGGCCGUCACGCUGCUGCUGGCGGUCGGGGAGCGGAUGACUAUCGCAAUGCUGCACACCUUAUCCAAAUACCACCUCAGGGAUUUCAUGGAUCCUACCAUGGACAGCACCAAACAUAUUUUAAAUUACUUGAUGCCAUUAUUGGAAGAAGUGGACAAAGAGCUUCAUGACUUCAUGAUAAGAGCGGAGGUGGGGACCAUCUUUGCGCUGUCCUGGCUCAUCACCUGGUAUGGACAUGUCCUGUCGGAGUUCAAACAGACGCUGAGACUCUACGACUUCUUCUUGGCCUCCCACCCCAUGAUGCCCAUCUACCUCGCCGCUACGAUUGUGUUGCACAGGGAGAAGGAGGUGAAGCACACCGAAUGUGACAUGGCCAUGGUGCACCUCCUCCUCUCUCGCAUCCCCCAGGAUCUCCCUUACGAGCUCCUCAUCAGCCAGUCUCAGGAGCUCUUCCACCGCUUCCCUCCGUCCUCGCUGGCCAAGAGGGCGGAGCUGCGGUCCCGUAAAAGCCGGUCCAUGAGCACCUUCAAGACGUUUCAGCUCUCCACGCUUCACCAGAGACCGGACUCUGUACUCCAGCGCCUCACCACGUCCUCCUUGUCCUCCACGUCCUCCAGACGAGCAGCUCGUCACUCUGGCCUGGAUGUGGCUUUUCCCCGGGACGGAGGCCAGCGUUGGGGGAAGGGGAGCAGGAUGGUGAAAAUGGCCGUGUGGGGGCUGUCGGCGACGCUGGGGGCGGCCGUCCUCGCCGUGGCUCAGACCGCCUUGGACUGGGGACCCGACGUGUUACUGCAGCUCUUCUGACGCUGCCCGGGGUUCUUUGCAGGGUCUUUAAAGGGCACACGGGCUCAUGUCCUCGCGUCAGGAGGUGACGCUAAUAUGAUGGAAGGAACUUUUAUUGAAGACGCUGCUCAGUGGCACGAAGCGUUGGCUUUAGGUGCCUCUCUUAUGCAUGGGUGCGUGUUUAAAAUAUAAAAAUGGAUAUGCAGAUUUAGAAGCCAAAAAGUAAAACAAUGAUUAAAGUGGUGAAAGCUUUCUGUGGAGAGCAGAAGAUGACAAAGGUAGGUUCUGUUUCCACAGGUGUCAGUGAAGCUAAUUCCUACCUCCAUGUGCGUCACGUCACAGGAACAUUUGGGCAUCUCACCGAUUUGACCUCAUUUAAUGGAAGAAAUUGUGACUUUUGUGUGGCAAAACUGACUUAUUAGAAUUAUAAUGGUGGCGUUGAGAACCUAAGGAUGGAUUAUUAAUAAUACAGACAGGCAAAGCACGGUGAAAUAUUGAUGGGCUUCUCACGAGCAUGCGGCUCAGCUGCAUCUGUUAGCACAAGUUUGCCGGAGUCGGGGCGCAGCCCUCCCUCGUCUCAUCAGGCGAAUGGCGAGCAUGUGUCAGCUGCUAGCCGUGCUGAUUUAACGUCGCUGCGAAACGUGUGAACUCGCACCGUCUUUAAGUGCAGCUCAUCAAAACAAACACGUCAGGGGGAAAAAAAAAGGGGGGCCAAAACAAGAGUGCUAAAAGGUUAGUUUGACCUCGAUGUGCGCGUCUCCAGGGCAGCUUGAGGCAAUCAGAGCAGAGUUGCUGAGCGGAGUAAUUAACAAUCCAGUGGAUCUGUCGCUCAUUACUUGGCUCACCGUAGAACUCGCUGGUAUUGUUCAUCACGCUUUCAUUAGGCCGUGGAUAAAAGUGCUCUGUGUGUGUACCUUCAUGCUAUUGUUGCAUGGAACCCUUGCUUGGUAAAUAGUCCACAAGGCUAAUGGACGUGCGUAUGGCGUCCGUGUAAAGCAUCUUGCUUUUUACUUGAUGCUGCAGAAAUGUUAAUUACAUGUGUCCGACAGCUGCUCUCUCAAUGACAAAAAUACACUUUGUGCUUGUCUCUCCAUGUAUGACUGCUUUAAUGCGUAUCGUUUAGAUGUGAGAUGGACGUGUCAUCAAGACUCACUUAUGCUGAUUAAAGCAGAAGUGGUGCUGAUGCCAAAUCGUAAUGAGGAUUUAAAUUCCUGCUCUCGGCAUGCCCUCAUCUUCACACGCAUCUGCAACAACACCUGCACUAGUUCCCUGGCGGUGGUAAUCAAGCCAGCUCAAAUGAGUUGGGGUCUUAUUUUAACACGUGAAGUCCCUUCCAUGGGGGCUUUCUAUGCUAGCCAACAGCAUCGAUCAUGCUGCUUUCAUGCUACUAUAUUGCAAAUGAAUGGUCACCAUUACCAUUACUAGGUGAACCUCCUUUUGUGCAGUCCUACAGAUGUUGUCUCUGCAGACUCAGCUGGCGGCCCCCCCUGAGAAUGUAGGUCAUGUAUCGGUGCAUUGGGGGGGGUUAGAUGUGGAGCAUCUGUCUUGACAUGGAACGUCUCUAUGUUAGUAGAUAGGCAUCAGGUGGAUGUUAGUCCCGACGCACCCCCCCUCCCCAACCACAAGGAGUUGAGCCGCAGAAGAGGCGAGAGCAGAUGUAGCCCUGACGUUAACGUACACCCUGGAGGUGUCUGGACGUCCUCACGCGCCUUGCUGACUACUUGUUGGUGUUCUAAACGUCAGCUAAUGUCAAAUGCUGGAUUUGAUUCUAGCGACCUCAUGCGACCUCCCUAGUUCUGCAUGUUGGCUUGCGUGUGUGCACUUCCUGGAUGACAUAGAGGUGUGCACAAUACCACACCACAAGGUGGCGCUGUUAUUAAACCCCAUUGUUUGGAUUGACUUGCAAUUUCUCACACAGCACUGUCCUAGGCAACGCCGGUAGAGAUGGAUGGAUGGAUGGAUGGAUGGACGGACGUAGGUCAUGGAGUGACGACUGAAUGCAGUGCUCCUUGGAUGAAAUGUACAACUUUUCUCUCUGCAAGGAAGUCUGGCUUCACCCAAGCUUUUACUGUCUGCACAUUUCCUACCCCCCCCCCCCCCCCCCCCCACACCACCCCCAUUCCCACUCAACCCUUCGCUCUGUCAUGGAUCAGAGAACAUGUCGCAAAGUGCUUUGCAAGGCAACACGUGUGCAGCGUGCCCCUGCAUGCUGAUGGGACGCUGUGGCUGGUGCUCUGCAUCUGCAUCUCCAUCUGCAUCUGCAUGUGCUGGCCUUGCACUGUUACGGUCCAUAGUGAGGACGUACACUACAUUAUACUGUUACGGUCCAUAGUGAGGAAGUACACUACAUUACUAUACUGUUACGGUCCAUAGGGAGGAAGUACACUACAUUAUACUGUUACGGCCCAUAGUGAGGAAGUAAACUACAUUAUACUGUUACGGUCCAUAGCGAGGACGUACUACACUACAUUAUACUGUUACGGUCCAUAGUGAGGAAGUACACUACAUUACUAUACUGUUACGGUCCAUAGGGAGGAAGUACACUACAUUAUACUGUUACGGCCCAUAGUGAGGAAGUAAACUACAUUAUACUGUUACGGUCCAUAGCGAGGAAGUACACUACAUUAUACUGUUACGGUCCAUAGUGAGGAAGUACACUACAUUAUACUGUUACGGUCCAUAGUGAGGAAGUACACAACAUUAUACUGUUACGGUCCAUAGUGAGGAAGUACACUACAUUAUACUGUUACGGUCCAUAGUGAGGAAGUACACUACAUUAUACUGUUACGGUCCAUAGGGAGGAAGUACACUACAUUAUACUGUUACGGUCCAUAGUGAGGAAGUACACUACAUUAUACUGUUACGGUCCAUAGUGAGGAAGUACACUACAUUAUACUGUUACGGUCCAUAGUGAGGAAGUACACUACAUUAUACUGUUACGGUCCAUAGCGAGGAAGUACACUACAUUAUACUGUUACGGUCCAUAGUGAGGAAGUGCACUACAUUAUACUGUUACGGUCCAUAGUGAGGAAGUACACUACAUUAUGCUGUUACGGUCCAUAGUGAGGAAGUACACUACAUUAUGCUGUGUACUGUAUUACUAUGACAAAUGAGCCUUGUUUGGAUAGAAAGUCAGACUCUGUGCCAACAGGGGUGUCAAAGCACAUGCGUCCCACCCCCAGCGCUUUGGAGCAUCCACGCUAACUGCAGCUGGUGGGAUCUUUGCAAGUGGAAACUUUUCCCAGCGUCUGGCAACGUGUCGUAUUCUGAAUCUCUGAUGACCCCCCAGGCCUCAUUAGGCUGAGAGCAAGGUCGUGGUCAUGCGGUCCUACGUGUACCUUUACUGCUUUCUGCUCAUGCUUUCCCCACAGCGUGGACACGAGGGGUCACCCACUUGUCCUCUUGGCCCCACGGGUCCCACUUGUACCAACCCCCACCCCGGACCUCACCUCUGUUUCCACGGACCUGUCGCCCCAACUUCCAUCAAAUAUUCAUCACUAGCUCCCAAACAGGCCAUCUUGACUUUUUACAAGCUCUGAGGAUUUUGCAGCCGCCUCUCCUAAUUUCCACUCCGGAGGUGAUUGAUGUGACGUUUGUCACAACAAAAACAUGGAAAAUGGCGAGUCCCAAAAUGUAUCCUCCAUGUGUGCUAUUUUGCCGACUGAUUUCCCACAUCUGCAAAAGUUUCCUGGCUGUGACUGACUGAGAAAGUGUCCCGGCGACAUUGUGACGACGUCUUGUUAAUCUCCGGCUGACUGGCUGUCAGUGUUUCGCUCAUCUCCCCGUCCGCUAAUACACCCGCGGCGCCCAGCCUGAGAUGGCGACUUCAUUUCUAAGCUUCAAUUGGAUCCGUCUGUGUUGAGCUUCCUGCCGAGAAGCACAUCUUUUAAUUAUUUUUUUUUUUUUUUUUACAGCGGGGACGCAUCAAUCUGUCUUAAGUCACAUGGGCUCCAGCUCCAUGGCCUUCAUUUGGGAAAAACGCCUCGUGGAAAAAUGCACGUUUGCAAAAUGUCAACAAGCGUUGCGUGUGCAUCUUGCCGCGGUCUGCUUGGAGUGGGUUUGCCAGCACAUACGUGUGUGUGUGUGUGUGUGUGUGUGUGUGUAAGAAAUCUGAAUUUGUUGGUAAAUGUCAAGAAGUUGGCAGUCUAAUGGUCGGUCUGACAAAUGAUCCAUAAAGCCACCAAGUGAUUGGCUGAGAGAUUGUCAUUCAUUCUAAUGCAGCUGUCAUGGUCACAGUGUGUGUGUGUGUGUGUGUGUGUGUGUGUGUGUGUGGAAGGAAGCAAGGCAGUCACGCAGUUGCAGUUUAAUUCCAAGCAGCAUGAACCUGCUAUGGACUUGCUGGAGUUAUACGUUGGACACUUUUCAUCAGCAGACAUGAACCCUGUGUCCGCCUUCCUAACCUGACUGAUGAUGUAGGACGUGGCAUCUGUAAAGCUGAACCUUACAUCUACUUGUAUCCUACUGUUCCCUGCAUUGGAGGGAAUCUAUUGCAUAGCCUGAUCCAUAGAGCAGACAGAAUUUGUGUUUGAUGUACGUUUCAAUCUACGUUCCUCGACAAAGUCCCACCUAUACACCCCCCCCCCCCAGGCCCCCCUCCCUUCCUUGGACUGCACAUAUUUGCAUGAAGUUCCACGUGUGCGUAGGGCUACUGGCUAAAAGUUCUAAAGCAGCUUCACUCGGUUGGAGAUGAAGAGCGGAGCAGCGCCAGACAUCACAAGUAGAACUCCAUCAAAAGAACGUCUGGCCAAGAUUGAAGGGUGGUCAAAGCGCCCGGUGAUCAAGCAAAGCCUCUUGGCUCAUCAGCACUUCCUGUACAGAGCAAACCAGGAGCACGCCACACCGGAGUCUCGGCCGAGUGGCUGUCAUGGCGGCCAUGUGAUCCAUGGUCCCAAAGGGGGGGAAAGAAUCCAAACUGACACAAAGCCCACAUGACCCGCAGAUUGCGACAUAAGCGCUUGAUUACGCUGUCACAACCCGGAACGUCACGUCACUCGCUCCCGCCUCGGAAUUGGCUAUCGGCUUAAGAUGCUUUCCCGCCGUAUCGUAAUUCAUAUCCGGCGUCUGUUAAUGCAAACCGUGUUCGUUCUCGGGGGGGGGGGGAUAUACGCCCUUGAUGGCCGCAUCGCCUGGUAUAGCCGCUGAUCCCGUCAUGUGACCACGCCGUCGGACGCGGGUCGAGAUGAGAAUAACCAGCAUCGCAGCAGCCGUGUGGCGCCGUGAUGGAUUGGCUUUUCAUGGCCGUAUUUUCCCUAUUUUCCUUCUUUCAUCCACUUGAUGCCUCCUUUCUCAUUCGCCGUGACCCCCCCCCCCCCAUCGCCCCCACAUCGGAGUAACUAAGUAGCCAUUUAUUCUGCCUCGUAGUCGCUGAAAAAAAAUUCGGAAAAUAACUUUUAUAAGCUUUAGUGUUAUGUCAUGUCAUGCCAAAAGUGCUAGUUAAAUAUAAAGUAUAAAUGAUUGACAGUAUCACAACUACUUACGCAACAUUAGCAUUUUGUGUGGAAGUGGGAAGCUUUUCCCCACAAGAAUUAAGUUGGAGGCUAACUAGUUAGCUCGCAAGCAUGCUUAAAGCGAUGGCUGCCUGUUGUGUCCCUGCGGUGCAAACAGAGAAUAAUAAGAGUGGAGAGGUGACUAUAGGGGUGUUACUGCAUGGCUGCAGGGCUCUAAUAAUGGUAAAAACAUAUUUAGAACGCCACACACAACGAGAGAAUAUUCCAGUUAGUAAUAUUGAUGAACAUUCCAUCCCA